AUGAAGGACGACAACAACAAUGAUACCGACAACACCAAUGAUACCGAAAAUAACAAUGAUACCGACAGCAUCAAUGAUACCGACAACAACAAUGAUACCGACAGCAUCAAUGAUACCGACAACACCAAUGUUACCAACAACACCAAUGAUACCGACAACAUCAAUGAUACAGACAACACCAAUGAUACCGACAACACCAAUGAUACCGACAACAUCUAUGAUACCGACAACAACAAUGAUACCGACAACACCAAUGAUCCCGACAACAACAAUGAUACCGACAACACCAAUGAUCCCGACAACACCAAUGAUACCGACAACUUCAAUGAUACCGACAACACCAAUGAUACCGACAACAUCUAUGAUACCGACAACAACAAUGAUACCGACAACACAAAUGAUACCGACAACAACAAUGAUACCGACAACACCAAUGAUACCGAUAAAAACAAUGAUACCGACAACAACAAUGAUACCGACAACACCAAUGAUACCGAAAAUAAAAAUGAUACCGACAGCAUCAAUGAUACCGACAACACCAAUGUUACCAACAACAUCAAUGAUACCGACAACAUCAAUGAUACAGACAACACCAAUGAUACCGACAACACCAAUGAUACCGCCAACACCAAUGAUACCGACAACAUCAAUGAUACCGACAACAUCAAUGAUACAGACAACACCAAUGAUACCGACAACACCAAUGAUCCCGACAACACCAAUGAUACCGACAACACCAAUGAUACCGACAACAUCUAUGAUACCGACAACAACAAUGAUACCGACAACAGCAAUGAUACCGACAACACCAAUGAUACCGACAACAUCUAUGAUACCGACAACAACAAUGAUACCGACAACACCAAUGAUCCCGACAACAACAAUGAUACCGACAACAACAAUGAAACCGACAACAUCAAUGAUACCGACAACAUCAAUGAUACCGACAACACAAAUGAUACCGACAACAACAAUGAUACCGACAACACCAAUGAUACCGAUAAAAACAAUGAUACCGACAACAACAAUGAUACCGACAACAGCAAUGAUACCGACAACACCAAUGAUACCGACAACACUAAUGAUACCGACAACAUCAAUGAUACCGACAACACCAAUGAUACCGACAACAUCUAUGAUACCGACAACAACAAUGAUACCGACAACACCAAUGAUCCCGACAACAACAAUGAUACCGACAACACCAAUGAUCCCGACAACACCAAUGAUACCGACAACUUCAAUGAUACCGACAACACCAAUGAUACCGACAACACUAAUGAUACCGACAACAUCAAUGAUACCGACAACCCCAAUGAUACCGACAACAUCAAUGAUACCGACAACAAAAAUGAUACCGACAGCAUCAAUGAUACCGACAGCAUCAAUGAUACCGACAACAACGAUGAUACCGACAACAACAAUGAUACCGACAACAGCAAUGAUACCGACAACACCAAUGAUACCGACAACAUCUAUGAUACCGACAACAACAAUGAUACCGACAACACCAAUGAUACCGACAGCAUCAAUGAUACCGACAACAACGAUGAUACCGACAACAACAAUGAUACCGACAACACCAUUGAUACCGACAACAACAAUGAGACCGACAGCAACAAUGAUACCGACAACAACAAUGAUACCGACCACACCAAUGAUACCGACAGCAACAAUGAUACCGACAACAUCAAUGAUACCGACAACACCAAUGAUACCGACAACGCCAAUGAUUCCGACAACAUCAAUGAUACCGACAACAACAAUGAUACCGACAACACAAAUGAUACCGACAACAACAAUGAUACCGACAACAUCAACAACAACAAAAUCAUUUCAUUAACAAUGACGGCAAUGAAAAUAACAUCUAUAACGACUAUUGAGUGUUUUAACUUUAAGCACGUGUAUGCUUGGUUGGUUUAA